AUGAGACGGUUUCAGCAGAAUCAAGUAACAAAGUCUUCCACAAGAGAAAUUGAUGCGGAGAAGGUCAAAUUAGUGACUAAAGCAGAUACUGAAAAAAAGGUUGCAAGAAUCUUGGAGCUCAUAAAGAACGAAAGCCAAAGCAGAAAACGCGGGGCAAAGAACUCGAAGAGAGAGCCAGAACUUGUCGGGCUCGUCGAGGACUUCCUACGACAGUAUCAGUUGCUCUAUGCAGAGUAUGAUCAUCUUAAGCAGGACCGAGAUAAAAAUGAUCCCAGAAGAAGCAAGACAGACGAUUCUCUGUCCACCUCCAACUCCGACUCCGACUCCGAAUAUUUUUCUUCUGAGGAAAUCGACUGCAAUUUAGGAGAAUCGAAGCAUGAUCGACUGGCGGCAAAAAGUGUUCCUCAAAAGCUUGAGGAUGAUAACAAGGAAAUGAUCAUCCUAAGAAAUCAUUUGGCUUCAAUUAGGAAAGAGAGAGAAACUUUGAGUACAGAGCAUAUGGCUGCCCAGAGCAAGCUCAAGGAAGCGGAGAAUGUUAUCAAAGAACUGAGGCUAGAAGGGAGCACCGCCCUGAGCAAGAUCCAAGAAGCGGAGAAUGUUAUCAAAGAACUGAGGCUAGAAGGAGCACUGCCCUGA